AUGGAUACGCACGAAAUUCCUUUAUUUGGUGGUAUCCUUCCGUUGGAAAUUGUCGAAAAGAUCGUCUCCUAUCUACCACUUUCCACAGUCGCCGAUGUGAUGAACCCGGAGAAUGCGAGUCUCGCUUUGGUGGCUCGGAGACGCUACUACUCAAGCAUUAUAUUGAAUUUCGACGAAUCGCCAUACGAAUAUGACUACUCCCGUAUUUAUAAUGAGGUUCUCAUCAUGAAGGCUUCUGACUUUGAAGCAUUAAAAUUGGAGCUAGCGGAGAUCAGAGACUUUUCUGUCGAGGCCUUCAAUGAGUUAAACCUACCCAACUUGAAAUCUUUGCUAUUGGGAUCCAUCUCCCUUGAAAACUUCAAUGAGUUAAGAUUACACAACUUGAAAUAUUUACGCUUGAAAAACGUGUCAGGCAUGACGGAGAUCUACAAGCACUUUAAAUUUCCCUCGCUGUUAGAGAACUUGGAACUCUGCAAUCUUAAAAUUACUAGCUUCGAACAACGGAGCUUACCUCUGAAGUUGCAGAAGUUGUCUAUUAACUAUUGUCCUUUAAAGAAAUUUCGUGUGGAUGUGUUUCCGGACUCCUUCAAAGAUUUGACAGAUUUGAAUCUCAGGUUCACGAAUUUGGUUUCAGUAGAGGAACUCGAUCUUCCACCAACCUUGAACACAUUAAACUUAAGCUACAACAAGUUGGUGUCAGUCGACGGGCUCAGUCUUCCACUAGCCUUGACCUCCUUAGACUUGAGUUCCAAUAAGUUGGUCUCAGUCGAGGGACUCGAUAUUCCACCAACCUUGAUCAUCUUUAACUUGCGUGACAAUAACCUUGAACUGCUUUCAAAGAGGCUACCUGACAACAUUCAAUUAUUGAAUCUCGAGCAUAACCAAUUGAAAAAAUUGGUGAACUUUCACCUUCCGAUGCCAUACAGCUUCCUCCAGGAUUGA